CAGAGCUUAACCUUUUAGUGAGAGAGGGCUAAUCCUCCAUGGCUGCUUUUAUCCCCAGGAGAGCCGGCACGGCUCACAUCAACCUCGGUUUAGAGGAGCUCGGGAACCCUUCUGCUACCCCCUGACGGAGCAUCUCUCCACCGCUGCCAUCUCCACCAGCACCACCCUGCUCAUCUCCGCGCAGAAGACGCCCAAGGGAUGAGACGAGAGCGAAAGGAGAAGAGUUAACGGGGGAGCUGAUAAGCCGGCCCUUUUUCCCCGCCUCCUCCUCCUCCUCCUCACUGCGGGAAAGGGGGGGAUCGGGACCCGCCGGCUGGGGGUGGCCCUCGGCGGAGAGGCGCGGGGAGGGCUUCUCUUUUCCCGCGCCUCUCCGCCGAGGGCCACCCCCGGGAACGGCUCGGCAGGGCACAGCACGGCUCGGCUCGGCUGGGCGCAGCAACGGCAACGGCGCGGCCAAGCGCCGCCUCCGCGGCGGGAUGCAGCCUCUGCCACCGCCCCGCGGGUGCAGGAUGGAGCAGGAGGCUGCCCAGCUGGAGAAGCAGCACGUGCACAGCGUGUACGAGAGCACCGCUGCCUACCUGACCCACCUGCAGAGCAAGGCCUGGCCUCGCGUCCGCAGCUUCCUGCUGCAGCAGCAGCCUGGCAGCCUGGUCGCUGACAUAGGUUGUGGAACUGGGAAGUAUCUGAGUGUCAACAGUCAGGUCUAUAACCUCGGCUGUGACUACUGCAGGCCGCUGGUAGAGAUUGCGAGGAAGAGAGAUGAUGAAGUUCUGGUAUGUGACAACCUUAACCUUCCCUUUAGGGACCAGUGCUUCAAUGCAGCCAUUUCCAUUGGAGUGAUCCAUCACUUCUCCACUAAAGCCAGAAGAGUGAAGGCAAUACAGGAGAUGGCAAGGGUGCUGGUGCCCGGGGGGCAGCUGAUGAUCUACGUGUGGGCCAUGGAGCAGAAGCACCGCCGCUUCGAGAAGCAGGAUGUCUUUGUUCCCUGGAACAAGGCCCUGUGCUCACGGCACCUCUCAGAGCCCAACCAGCCUGCAGGCAAGGCUGAGCUGGUGCAGGCUCUGCAGAGCCAAGCCCUGCACCCUGCACAGCUGGUGCUCUCGGACUGCAGCUACCAGAGCAGGCUGCAGCCAGAGGCCGAGGCAAAGCACGGCACAGACCGCUGCUUGUCCAGAGCCUGCUGCAUGAAACUUUCUGAGGAAGAAAACAGGUUUUACAGCGCCCUGGGGAGGUCUCUCCGCUCGUGGUUCUUCUCCAGGUCCCUUGAUGAAUCAGCCCUGAGGAAGCAAACAGACAGGAUGAAGUCUCUGAAGAACGAGAGGGAGUGGGCGAGCGGCGCAGUGCCCGUCCAGCACUCGCGGCACUGCAGCCUGGAUUUGGGCCACCACGGAGCCCUGCUGAAAGAACAAAGUCUGGAGGAUGAUGAUGUGUUUGUGGAAAGCCUGCCUCUCACCAAGCCACAGUGGUCACCAGCCACAGAUGCGCUGGAAGACUUAAGUCUGAACGGAGGGCACGGCAGUGUGGCUCCCAGGAGGAGUGAGGAGGCUUCGUUUAUGGACGGCCCGGCGGAGGACAGGGACCGCAGCUGCGGCUGUCACCACGACGGUGCUGGCAAGCCCGAGGGCAGCAAGUUUCUCCAGAGGACUUCCACAGCCGACUCCAGCGAGUGUGCCGUGGACUCAGCGGUGUCCGUGGGGGAGCAGCCUGGGGCCGCGCCGGACACGAGAGCCUUCAUGCGCUACUACCACGUGUUCCGGGAAGGGGAGCUGCGCGCGCUGGUGGAGGAGAACGUGCCCGAGCUGCGCGUCCUCUCCUCCUGCUACGACCACGGCAACUGGUGCAUCGUUGCAGAGAAGAGGGCAGCACAGCUGUGA